AUGAGUUUAACAUUAGAUCAAUUAGAUUAUUUAAAGAAUACAAUAAUUGAACGAGAAUUUGAAAUUGAUUUAUUAAAUGCUUAUGUGAAUAAGGACCCAUUAAUACUGUCUUCAUGUACUAUAAUAUAUGGAUAUAAAUCAAUUGGUAAAACAUUUACAACUUUAAAGUUUUUAGAGACCUUGGGAGUUGAUUUUUCAGUUAUAAAUUGUGAUGUUUGUUUAAAUAAAUUAUCAUUAUUGAGAAAAUGUUAUGAUAUAAUAGUGGAGAAAACAGUAGGUAAUAAAAAGAAGAAACAUCAUGAAAUUCCAUUAAUUAAUAGUGUCGCAGCUUUAAUUUCGGCAAUUGAAGUAUUACCUAACAUUGACGAUACUCAUCACUUUUUCGUGUUAGAUCGAUUUGAUAAAUGUUUUGAAACUACAAAUGAGUUAUUAGCUUCAUUUUCCAAAUUACGAGAAAGUUCAAGUAUAAAAUCAAUAUCAAUAAUUGUAAUUUUAGAAGGAAAUAUACCAAAUGAAGUAGUUACUUUUUCGUUACCCAAAAUAUAUUUUAAACCAUAUAAAGAAGAACAACUUAUAAAGAUACUACAGAUGGAUGAAUUGAGUGGGAAUGAUUUGGAAAGUGGUGAAGAAUUAUUUAAUCAAUUUGUAAAAUUGAUAGUUAACGCAUUUUAUCAAUAUACGGGAUCUGAUUUGACUAAGUUGUAUGAUGUGAUGCAUAAAUUAUGGCCAAGAUUUAUUGAACCUGUUGAAAGUGGUAGAAUUAACUCAAAUGAGUUGGUUAAAUUGUACCAAGAGAAUAUUGAAUUAUUUAUAAAUGAAAAUGUUUUAUGUAAUUGGGAUAUCAUAGAUUUUGCAAUUAAAUUAAUCGAAGAAGACACUAAUAAUGACGAUAAAGAAACUGAAAAUGAUUUGAUAACUGAAGGUGGUGGGAAUGUUCAUGAUUUACCUACUCAUUCUAAAUUUUUCCUAAUUGCUUCAUAUUUAGCUUCAUAUGGACAUCCUAAAAAUGACUUACAUAAAUAUUCAAAAGUUAAAGUUGUGAAAUAUAAACAAAGACAUUCAUCACCAACUAAAUCACCAAAGAAGAAAUUACACAUGACUAAAGGUGAUAUUGAUUCACGAAUGUUAUCCGCUGCUCAUUGUGAUUUAGAAAGAAUAUUAGCUAUUUUGAAUGUCAUUUAUAAAAAUCAUUCUAUUUCAUUAAAUCACUCAGAUAAGGAAAAUCUAUUAUAUAUCGAUGAUGAAAUUGUUGAUAAUGAAGAAAAGAAAGAAGUUGAAAAAUCUAAAUUUACAUUAACUAAAAAUAUUGAUUUAAAUAGUCAAGUUGCAACAUUAUAUUCAUUAGGAUUUUUAAGUAAAACUGCAUCUUCCGAUAUUUUAGGUGCUAGAGUUAGAUGGAAAUGUAAUCUUAAUUGGAAAACAGCAGCUAGAUUAGCUAAAUCAAUUGAUGUACCAAUUAAUGAUUAUUUAAUGGAUGAAUUUAAUUAA